UGUACUGUAGAUCAUAUUUUGUACUACGUACAGUGUUUUGUACAGUACUUUUCUAAUUUUGCACCUCAAUCUUCUCUCUAAGCGAGUGACACGUUCUAACUCCAAAGCUCUCUUCAUUCGCCACGAACAUCGUUCUACAUGCAAAUCUGUGACUACACUUGUCGGUUUCAUUAUAUCCCAAAGACCCUCCUGUAAAAACUCAACUCAAAACAAAUACUUCUUCUCCCUUCUUCUCUUGCUCUUGCAUUACUGUUUUGUUUGCAACAUUUUUUUAGUGAUAAUAUUUCUUUGAUAAUCAGAAGUUAGAAAAGAAAAGAUGGGUAGUACUGCAGGUAAUAAUUUGGAAACAAGAUCAUUGUUUGAUGAAAUCAGAAGUUACAACAAACAUGGUGGUUUGUUUGAUCUUGGUCACCCUCUCCUUAACCGUGUUGCUGAAAGCUUUGUCAAGGCUGCUGGGAUUGGAGCAGCUCAAGCUGUAUCAAGAGAAGCGUAUUUCAUCACACUUGACAGUGCUGGAUUUGAUUCAAGUAGUGGAGUGGUCUCAGAUGUAACAGGCACCAAGAAACAGCGAUUGCCUGACCUUAGAGGAGAAACCAAUAGGAAAUCACUUGAGGCAAUGGUAAAAAACACUGGGAAAGAAUCUCUUCGAUGGGGACUGGCUGCUGGCAUGUACUCAGGACUCACUUAUGGCUUGAGGGAAGCUCGAGGCUCUCAUGACUGGAAAAACAGCGCUGUCGCUGGGGCAAUUACAGGGGCGGCAUUGGCUCUCACCUCAGAUGACGCCUCUCAUGAGCAGAUUGUGCAAUGUGCCAUCACUGGAGCAGCUAUAUCUGCAGCAGCCAAUAUGCUCACUGGGAUUUUCUAGAUUAGCUAGUGUCAGGAGAGGAAAUGCCUUCAUUCUUUUGAUGCAAAUUCCUUGUUUUCUUGCUUUUCUUAAAUGGAUAUAGGUGUACUUGUUCAAAGACGAUUCUGUUUUAGUCUUGGUUCCAUGGAUUCUCCAGGAAUGGAUGUUAAUGUAAUUUUCUGUGGUUGUGUUCA